GGUGAGGAGCCGGGAGGAGUUGGGCGCGCUGCCGGGAGCUGAUCACCCUCCUGCCCGCCGUCAGAGGUCUGGACUCUGCGGUGACAUCCCCUCUUCAGAGAUAAGGACAACAAGGUCUGCGUGGCCCUUCCUCAGAAUCUCCAGUAGGCGUUGGUGUCCCAGCAUGGUUCACUGAGGUGAACCAUGACCGGCUGGCCAACGGUCACCACUGACCAUUCAGAGUUGCGUCUCACCAGAAGGUGACACAUCCUUCAGCAGCCCCCCCAACUCGCCACCUGCCCAGGAAAGUGCCCGACGCUGCCACGGACACCAUGUAGUAGGGCCGGCUGCGGCGCCCAGUGAGCUGCGAUGGUUUUGUACACGACCCCCUUUCCCAAUAGCUGUCUGUCCGCCCUGCACUGUGUGUCCUGGGCCCUCAUCUUCCCAUGUUACUGGCUGGUGGACCGGCUCGCGGCCUCCUUCAUACCCACCACCUACGAGAAGCGCCAGCGGGCGGACGACCCGUGCUGCCUGCAGCUGCUCUGCACCGUCCUCUUCACGCCCGUCUACCUAGCCCUCCUGGUGGCCUCGCUGCCCUUUGCAUUUCUUGGGUUCCUCUUCUGGACCCCCCUGCAGUGUGCCCGCCGGCCCUACAUCUACUCACGGUUGGAAGACAAGAGCUUGGCCGGCGGGGCAGCCCUGCUCAGUGAAUGGAAGGGGACGGGGCCAGGCAAAAGUUUCUGCUUUGCCACCGCCAACCUCUGCCUCCUGCCCGACUCACUUGCCAGACUCAACAACGUUUUUAACACCCAGGCACGGGCCAAAGAGAUUGGGCAGAGAAUCCGAAAUGGGGCUGCCCGGCCCCAGAUCAAAAUCUACAUCGACUCGCCCACCAACACCUCCAUCAGUGCAGCCAGCUUCAGCAGCCUGGUGUCACCGCAGGGCGGUGACGGCGUGGCCCGGGUCAUCCCUGGGAGCAUUAAGAGGACAGCCUCCGUGGAGUACAAGGGCGACGGCGGGCGGCACCCCAGUGACGAGGCUGUCAAUGGCCCGGCCUCCGGGGACCCUGCCGAUGGCGGCGGCCUGGAGGACACCUGCAUCGUGCGCAUUGGUGGCGAGGAGGGGGGCCAGACACCUGAAGUUGACGACCCUGCCCCCGGGGCCCAGGCCAGGAACGGGGCCGGCGGAGGCCCGAGGGGCCAGACACCCAACCACAACCAGAGGGAUGGGGACUCGGGGAGCCUGGGCAGCCCCUCGGCCUCCAGGGAGUCCCUGGUGAAGGCGCGAGCAGGGCCAGAUGGCGGUGGCGCCGGGGAGCCGGGUGCCAACAGCAAGCUCCUGUACAAGGCCUCGGUAGUGAAGAAGACAGCUGCACGCAGGAGGCGGCACCCCGACGAGGCCUUUGACCAUGAGGUCUCGGCCUUCUUCCCUGCCAACCUGGACUUCCUGUGCCUGCAGGAGGUGUUUGACAAGCGGGCGGCUACCAAGUUGAAAGACCAGCUGCACGGCUACUUCGAGUACAUCCUGUAUGACGUCGGAGUCUAUGGCUGCCAUGGCUGCCAAGGCUGCCAAGGCUGCUGCAGCUUCAAGUGUCUCAACAGCGGCCUCUUCUUUGCCAGCCGCUACCCUGUCAUGGACGUGGCCUAUCACUGUUACCCCAACAGGUGUAGCAUCGAUGCCCUGGCCUCUAAGGGAGCUCUGUUUCUCAAGGUGCAGGUGGGAAGCACACCUCAGGACCAAAGAAUUGUCGGGUACAUCGCCUGCACACACCUGCACGCCCCGCCAGAGGACAGCGCCGUCCGCUGUGAGCAGCUGGACCUGCUUCAGGACUGGUUGGCUGAUUUCCGAAAAUCUACCUCCUCGUCCAGCGCAGCCAACCCCGAGGAGCUGGUGGCGUUUGACAUCGUCUGCGGAGAUCUCAACUUUGACAACUGCUCUUCUGAUGACAAGCUGGAGCAGCAGCACCCCCUGUUUACACGCUACAAGGACCCAUGCCGCCUGGGGCCCGGGGAGGAGAAGUCGUGGGCCAUCGGUACCCUGCUGGACACAAGUGGCCUCUACGAUGAGGAUGUGUGCACCCCUGACAAUCUGCAAAAGGUCCUGGAGAGUGAGGAAGGCCGCAGGGAGUACCUGGCGUUUCCCACCAGCAAGAGCCCAGGGCAGAAGGGGCGGAAAGACCUGCUGAAGGGCAACGGCCGGCGCAUUGACUACAUGCUGCAUGCUGAGGAGGGGCUGUGCCCCGACUGGAAGGCCGAGGUGGAAGAAUUCAGUUUUAUCACCCAGCUGUCCGGCCUGACUGACCACCUCCCAGUGGCCAUGCGACUGAUGGUGUCUUCGGGGGAGGAGGAGGCGGCAUAGACCAGCCAAGUCGCACAUCUGGAGCCGCAGGGGCCUCUGCCAGCCCUUAGAGCCGCAGCCCAUCCCUAGGCCGUGUCCUCUCUGAUGAGUGCCCAGUGCUGGGGGAAGGAGGGCAGGGGCAGGGAGGAAGUCAGUCAGUGCCCGGGAACCUGGACACUGCGCUGCUCUGCACCUCUGGGCCCUCGCUGCGGAGAGAGGAGUCAGGCCAGCCCAGGAGCCCCCAGUUGCCUAACCAGUGCCAUUCUUUCAAAACACGAUUUUCUACAAAUC